CAGAAGCCACUGGCCAACGAGGCAGAGUUCCUCCGAAACAAUCACACCCACUGGCAGCACGGCGUCACCACACCCUACACCACCUUCAAGUACUACAAAGUCAACAACAUCAGCACCAAGACCCGGUUGAACAAGUUGAACGACAAGGGCCUCUACACGCCCAAGUUGGUGGUCGACAGGGUGGACCACUCUGCAUUCACGCCCCACCUCGCACGUCAGGGUGCAUCCACUCCUCCGCUUACCCACAAAGUGCUCGACAAGAACGUGUGCCGGACAGACACUGGUGACAGCAUCUUCUCGGGACACUUUGCCAUCCCACGGGUAUCCAUCAACAUCCCCUCGUACAACGACACUGACGAGUUCGGACCCGACUUCCUGGUGCCGCAGAUGUGCUACCAGAACCACUUCGACGCCGACGACUUGACCUACACUUUCGGAGGCUUGUGCGUGUCUGGCAGCUCGACGUUUGAGCACUUAGGGUUGCCCAGCUCCGUUUCCUUGGAUAAGAUCUCCAUCCACUUCCCAUGCGAGUUGCCGCCAUUCGUCAGCCGGGAAAUCUUGACCAACCCGUUCAUGUCCCAGAACAGAAACUUCUAUCUCUUCAACCCCAAGCGCGCCUCCUUGACUUACUUGGACACCUUGGACCCCAGCAACUCACCUGGCCACAUCAACUCGUUGAUAAGUACUGAGAUCUCCGACAGACACAUCUUCUUCUACGGUGGCUUUAUGAUCAAGGACGAGUCCGUCACUUAUAAUGCAGAUAUCGACCGCUGGAUCAUCAAAAAGAAGUUGAUUUUGAACAAGGAUGGAUACAUCUUGGAUCGUCUCUCGUUCAAGUUCAUCAAGGUCGACCUCAAGGAAAAAGUGGGCGCUUUCAAGCACGAGGGUAGACUAGGAAGUGCCAUUGUUUCGAACGUGUAUCGCAAGCAUGAGAAACCAGGCAAAAACCCUACAAAAGCUCUCCUGCCCCUGAUCUUCACCGAGAGCACCUCGUCAUAUUCUAAUUCCACCAGUCCCUAUAUGAAGCCCAACCAGUCCCCAAAACACAAACCCUCGUCAAAGGUUUACGGUUCCAGCUUGAAAUCUGUUUCUACAAGCAGUUCUAGCAACAGUGCAGAUGUUUCAAGUAUCGGUGUAUCGGAAAGCUCAGGAAGCUUGAACAACUCACCCAUUGCUGGUUCUAAGACAUCCAAGUUGAGCAUCUUAUCCAAAUCUUCCCGGAUUUUCCAUAGGAGUCAUCACCAAAGACAAUUAAGUAAUGGCACUCCGAAAUCACCUCAAGCUCAACCACAUACUUUGAAGAAUACCUAUUCAAAACAGGUGAAGCAGCAUAGAUCGAAUUCCCAGCAUAGUUCUAAUGAUAGCAGACCAGUGUCUCCCAUUCAAUUAUUGCAGAAAUCCAAGCAAGAGGGUGUUAAUAGACUGGAUAGUCUGCACAAGCAAGAAACUGUCCAUAAGCUGGACAUGGAUCUACAACAAGUAUUGUACUCUCCCCCCGAGUCUAGGUCCACAACGCCGGUUUCCUUUGAGAAGAUACACUCAUACAAGCCCCCUAGCUUCGAAGCAACUAAACAAAAGUAUCAGGAAACUAAAAUUAAUGAAAUCGAUUCAGAUUCGACUAGUGCAGACGAAGAACAGAAUAGAAAGCACAUCUUGUUCCAUGAAUCAAUAUUAAAGACAGGUAUCAAUGGUGUCACCGUAUUUAUUUUUGGUGGUUUCCGGCCUGUUGAGUCCGAGAAUGGUGUACUUAAAUUUGUUGCAUCAGAUGAGUUACUCAAAAUUGACCUCGCAUGUACGGAUGAUGGCAAGUCUAUCCACUUUCAUGCUGAGGGAUUGAUGUUCGAUAUAAGUGAGAGUUGCCGUUCCAUGGCCAAUGUGCCAGAUGCCUGGCCAUCGCCAAGAGGCUACUUUGCCCACUCUUUGAUCAACUAUAGCGAGAAACAUGAACAUUGCAACAAUGAUAUUUUCCAAGAUUCGGAUAUAGAAUCGAUAGCUUCGAGGAGAGCUGCAUCACCCUUGAGCAGCUCAUCGAGUGCAUCAUUCCGAACUAUAUCCAGUGCACAAGAAAACAAGCUUGCUAUUCAAGGACCAGAUCAGUACUUCAAGGGUAAAGCACUUUUAGUCCAAGGAGGUUGUAACGAGGAAGGGGAAUCCUUCAGUGGAUUCCAUUUGUUCCUCUUUGAUACUGGGCAAUGGAAGACCUUGACCACAUAUUGUUACGAUUAUUAUGAGUAUCCCAUCAAGCCUUACGAAGACGAUGAUAAUUCCAGGUUUUUCAAGGGUGGAGAAGUGGAUGAUCCCAAACUUAUUGAAGCAGAAUUGAGAUCGUGUCACCACACAGCAUUGUAUUACCGAAACGAAGGAAGGGACUAUCUCUUCUUCAUGGGUGGUUUCAGAAAUGACUUUUUGAGGCAUUUCGACAAAACUCCAUAUGUUUCUGAGAAGUUUGAUGUUACAAGACUUUCAAGAUUUGCAUUUGUUAGCGAUAACACCAACACAGCAAGAAUUCCGGUCCUAAACCUUCAAACGCAAACAUGGCGGUUUUUGAGAUACUACAACGAUGUGGACCAUAUUGUGACCGACAAGUAUAUCGACCGGGUGAACUACAAUCCAUUGUGGCUUAACGCACGAAUUGCAAAUUAUGGUGGUUCGAUUUCGUUGAAUGGCAAGAGUAUCACCAUUUGCCAUGGGCUUUCCAUUCCAUGUCCCGCAAAAAAAGAGGACUACGAAAAGAUGCGGAAGGAGAUCCCCCUGAGGUUAUUCCUAUGGGGAGCCCAUGUCCACUUUACUUUCCCCGAUCUAUAA